UCUUUUUUAACCACGAGUUCUUCUUAUCACUUUUCUUUUAAUCCAUCAUAUUAUGCUUCCAUACUGCAGGUCGGUGACAAACCGGUUGGCCUCUUCCUCAACAGUCGACCCGCGACGACGCUUGCUUCUUCAAACAAAGCAAGGAAACAGCGGAACUCUCCAUAACAUAACAAAAAGACGGCAAUAUCAUGAUCGCGGGGUCUAUGGUUAUCGUGUUCCCAAAGAGUAUCGGAUGCCCGAUUACACCCAAGAAGAACUCGCCAAUCGUAUGGAAUAUGGUAGCCUUUUACGGUUCGUCCAAGCAUACAGACAGCAUGGUCACAAAUCGGCCCGUCUGGAUCCUCUUGAAAUCAUGCAACACGAAAAAGUGCUGUCACUUCAAGCCGAACGCUAUGGAUUGACGGAUCCAAAGAAAAUGUACAAUCUUGCAGGCAUCCUUCAUGUAACUGAGUCAACAAGCAAUCCAUCCGGUCGAGAAGAAGCGGAUUUUGAAGCCAUUCUGGGCCAUCUUAAUGCCGUGUAUUGCGGUAAGAUUGCACACGAAUUUAUGCAUCUUCCGUCUGCAAGUGAAAGACGAUGGUGGUACCAUGCUGUAGAAUCAUGGACAAAGCCGCAACUUUCUGUUAAGCAAAAACGGCGUAUUCAUGAAUUGCUGACAAAUUCGGAGACAUUUGAUCAUUUCUUGGCCAAGAAGUUCCCCAACAUGAAGCGAUACGGCUUAGAAGGAGCCGAGAGUAUGAUGGUAGCGUUGGAUCGACUGUUUGAGCUGUCAGCACAAACUGGCGUUCAAGACGUGCUUAUUGGUAUGCCUCAUCGUGGCCGUCUGAAUUUACUCUGCAAUUUACUCGAAUAUCCACAUGCUGCUCUAUUCAGUAAAAUGAAAGGAAACUCGGAACUGCCUGGUGAUACGACGCAUACUGGUGAUGUGAUUUCGCAUUUAAUCAAUAACCCAACACUCAAAUACGACGGCGGCGAGGUUCAUGUUUCAUUGCUGAGCAACCCUUCUCAUCUCGAGGCUGUGAAUCCUGUUGUUAUGGGCAAAGCAAGAGCCAAGCAGACCGAAUUGUUGACUUCAGCCAAUCCUGAUUGUAGCUUGGGUGAUCGAGUUAUGGCUGUUCAAAUUCACGGUGAUGCAGCAUUCACUGGACAAGGUAUUGUCAUGGAGUCAUUGAGUUUAUCCAACUUGCCUCACUAUUCAUCUGGUGGUUCGGUUCAUAUUGUGGUCAACAAUCAGCUUGGUUAUACCACACCCGCACAGAAUGCCCGCUCGUCCGCUUAUUGCUCGGAUAUUGGCAAAAUGAUCAAUGUGCCUGUCGUUCACGUAAAUGGAGAUUUCCCUGAAGAUGUGGCGCGUGCCAUGGAUGUCGUAUUUGAAUAUCGAAACAAGUUUAGAAAGGAUAUCAUCCUUGACUUAAUUUGCUAUCGUCGAUGGGGUCACAACGAACUGGAUGAGCCUGCAUUUACCCAACCAUCCAUGUACAACAAUAUUCGUCUACAUAACUCUGUUCCUAAACAGUACGAGCAAAAGCUGAUCAGUGAAGAAAACGUAUUCGAGUCCGCUGAAAGCGUUGCUGCUGUGCGUGAGUCUCAAUACAGUCUACUGGAUAGCGAGCUUCAAAAGGCCAAUAAUGAGCCCCUUGUCGACUGUCCAUCUUCCUACCACUUGCAAGGCAAUUGGAAGGGUAUCAAGCAUGUUAAGACAAGGCCGCUUCCUGAAGAAGAACCUGAUACUGGUGUCGCGACAGAUGUUUUGACGCAAGUUGGCAAACAGUCUGUGACAUCGCCUGAUGCCAGCAUUAAAUUGCACCCGCGCUUGCAAAAAUACCAUAUUGCAUCCCGACUCAAACGUCUCGAUCAAGGUUCUGGUAUUGACUGGGCUACAGCUGAAGCACUUGCUUUUGGAACAUUGCUGCAGGAGGGUCACGAUGUCCGAAUUUCAGGCCAAGAUGUGGGCCGUGGUACGUUCUCCCAGCGUCAUGCCAUGUUUGUGGAUCAAGGAACUGAAAAGGCGGUGAUCCCGCUUAACCAUGGAUUGGGCGAUGGACAAGGGUUCCUUGAGGUUGCCAACAGUCCAUUGUCUGAAUAUGCUGUGCUCGGGUUCGAAUACGGCAUGUCAAUCGAAUCACCCAGCCGACUAGUUAUUUGGGAAGCUCAAUUUGGCGAUUUCUUCAACGGAGCCCAGAUUGCUAUUGAUACAUUUGUCUCUAGCAGUGAAGCUAAAUGGUUGCGCCAGACUGGCCUUGUUAUGCUUUUGCCACAUGGUCAAGAUGGUGCUGGACCAGAACAUUCAUCAGCUCGCGUCGAGCGAUUUCUUCAGAUGAGCAACGAACCUAUGGAUAUCGACAAAUGCUACGACGUAGCACCCAAUUGGUCUGUCGUGAACUGUACUACACCUGCCCAGUACUUCCACGUGCUUCGACGUCAGAUCCAUCGCCCUUACCGCAAACCGUUAAUUGUAAUGUCGCCCAAGGGUUUACUCAAAUCUCAAGCGGCUGUUAGCACAUUGGAUGAUAUGGCACCUGGCCAGCAGUUCAAGCCUGUAUUGGAUGACCCUGUGUCAACAGAAUCGCCCAAUGGAGUUGAAAAGGUUGUCUUUGUGUCGGGCAAGCUGUAUUAUGACCUGGUCAAAGAAAGAGCUGCCAAGGGACUUGAUGAUCGUAUUGCAUUAAUAAGAGUUGAGGAAUUAAGCCCAUUCCCACGCAACGAGCUUGAACAAGUUGUCGAUCAAUACAAUUAUGCUCGCGAAUUCAUAUGGUGUCAAGAAGAGCCCGAGAACGCGGGUGCUUAUGCAUUUAUGGCUCCUCGUAUUUCCCAGCUGAUCCCACGCAAUGAAAAGUUGCAAUAUGUUGGUCGCGCCGCACUGGCGGCUCCCGCUACUGGAAUUUCGUCCCAGUUCCGUGCCGAACAAGCACGAUUGAUCCAAGAUGCUUUGACCGUAUAAAAAAGUUGCAUUGUAGAAUAAAACAAGUUAGCUUAUACUGUCCUGAAUAAUCAUGUUUUCCUUUCAUAAACCAGCAACAUCAUCCAUGUCUAAAUUCCUAAACAGUACUAUCAUAUAUUGGUUAAGAGAUUAUAAAGUAGCGUUUCGGUGUUGCUCAUCACUUAAUUUAUCAAUUUCAAAUAUACUUAUCAUAGUAAGUAGUUGGUUGUUGUAAAUAGCGUAUUAUACAGAAAUAUGUUCUACUUUCCUGUUUUGUUGUAAUUCAUUACACAAUGGUAGAAAUGGGAUAAUAUAUUGAGAUACUAGAUCUGACUACACCUCUCACGGCAUGACUGUCGUUGCUUUAAGUAGUUG